UUAAUGCACGGUCGUUUCACCAUCUUCCUUGCCGAGAUGAUGUGCCUUCUGUAUUCGCUGGGGACGCUGUCGCACACCAAGCAGCAGAAGCCCGUGGCCCUUGUUGUUCCCUUGAUGGAGAGUCUGGCGCUCGCAAUGACGCUGAGCUUGGUUGGAGAGAAAAUGAAACAAGUACAGGAGAGCAUCAUCGGGAAUCUUUGUCAAGUGAUGCUCAACUUAAACCACAGCGCUGACCCUCUCCCCUGUAGAACUAAACAUAAGAUUAAAGCAAGUGCCUGUUUGGCCGAUCGUCUAAACAUCCCUAAGCGAAAUCUGACGUCGUGCAUAAUGAUUUCUCGUGAAACACAGGUAAAUAUUGGUUCUUGUCAGGUAAAAAAGCUCAGAAACGGACCAAACUCUUUGGAUGAUAGGGAGGUGGAGUAUGAAAAAGGAAUGAAAGAAAAGUAUGAUAAAAAUGUUGAAAUGACAGGCGAAGAUUCAGCGCCGAGACACGGUUCAAAUAGCGAAGUAAAAGACAGAGGAGGAGAUACAGAAGGAGGAUUCACGGAGGUUAGAGACACAGAAACGACUGCACGUUGGGAAAAGCAGCAAGAAAACCUUGUUACCCUGCCCUGCCAAGAUGUGAAAGUGAAGCGCGAGUUGAAAGGCUGUCAAGAGGAAAUGAAGCCAGACCAGAGCCUGGGAGGGACACCCGGAAGCAAGCAGAGGCGGAAUGACUGCGGCGCGCAGUGCGGAUGUUGUCUGUACGAACUCGACAGUAUUAUCGCACGUAUGGAAGCCAGGCCGGCGGUCAUCAAGGUCUGGGGUCAAGCGAGCCUGGGUCGGGAAUCCUUCGUGUACUUGGGUGGCCUCGUGAUAACAUACCUGGUGAUUCUCCUGCAGCUGCGACCGAUUUAAGUUCCUUGAGGAUUACGUUGGUCAAGAUACAGAUCAAAAGGAAUAAUUCCAUGGUGAUUCCAUGAUGCAAGAUAUGCAGUCUGCCCUCGUUGUGGAUUUAUUAAUCCAUUUCUCACUCGCACCUUUUGAUCUCUGUAACAGUGGAAGUAUUUCGUC